AGAGACAUGCACAGCAUCCUCUACCACGGGCUCAUCCAUGAUAAGGUGUGCUGCAGACAGAAGGAUUACUGGCACUUUGUGAAGGACAUUUGUUGGCUGAGUCCUGGCUCUGCUCGUCACCUGGAGAAGUUCAUCAGCCUGCAGGAGAGCAGACAGCCUGACCCAGAGGGCCCAGGGGACCAGGCCAUCGCACAGCUGUGGCUGCAGCACAGCCUGCAGUGCCACUGCCUGUCAGUGCAGCUGAGACCACUCCUGGGGAACCAGCAAUACAUCAGGAAAUUCUACUCAGACACUGCCUUCCUGCUCAGUGACGCCCACGUCACAGCCAUGCUGCAGUGCCUGGAGGCUGUUGAGCAGAACAACCCCAGGCUUCUGGCUCAGAUCGACACCUCCAUGCUUACGAGGAAGAAUGAUGGUCCAGCUCCAGUGACCAAGAGCCAGAGCCUGACUGCCCUCCCUGCAUCCCCAUAUGUCCCUGCUGCAAGCUGUACGCAGCAGCGCUGCUUUGGGUCCUUCUCCAGCCUCCACCAUCUAGCCUCCUCUGGCCUCUCAGACAGGAGACCAGCGAGUUCCUCUGUCAGUUCGAGUGCCAGCCAGCCCCAGGACCGCUGCCCAUCCAGCCGGUCCUCCUCCUUCAGUGAGGGCAGGUCCCCUCUGGAACAGCCUGGCUCUGUCAGCCACUUCCACAUUCCUUCACCCAAAGACCCCUUCUCUCCGGCCAGUGAGAUGAGCUCCAGCACCACCAGCCAGAGCGAGGACACUUGGACAGGGAGUCAGGAUGAUGCGCAGAGCGAUGCCAACGAUGGCCCAGAGUACCUGGCCAUUGGCAACUUGGGGCGCCGGGGCCGGGGCAGCAGUGCCAGUACCAACAGCACCAAGAGCAGCAGCUCCAAACUCUUCUCCUCCAGCAGCUCCCAGAAGCUGGACUCUGUCUCAUCCCUAGGGGAGCAGGGGGCAAGUGGAGGUGAAAGCAGAGGCCUGAGCUUGUUGCGCCGGUCCAGCUUCUCGGAGGGCCAGGCGUCAGCUCCGCAGAGCCUUCUCAGGAAGAGCCACGUGCGCUCACACUCAGACACCAACGUGGCCUCGGGGAAGCUGCACGGAGGCCUCAGGGAUAUCACCAUUAUAAUAGAAGAUCCAGUGGCAGAGUCUCAUGGUGAUCCAGGUGGAGGGAGAGGGCCAGUGUCUGCUUCCACACAGAGCAGUGAACUGAGCACACCAAGCUCCCUCUACAUGGAGUACGACUCUGGACAGCAUCUCAGCUCAGGAGAAGGGAUGUUCAGAAGACCCUUGGAAGGGCAGUCCCUCAUCAGCUACCUCUCAGAGCAGGACUUUGGUAGCUGUGCAGACCUGGAGAAGGAGAAUGCCCACUUCAGCAUCUCGGAGUCCCUGAUUGCUGCCAUUGAGCUGAUGAAGUGCAACAUGAUGAGCCGGCAGCUGGAGGAGGAGGAGGAAGAUAGUGACAAGGAGAUCCAGGAGCUUAAACAAAAGAUCCGCAUUCGACGCCAGCAGAUCCGUACCAGGCACCUGUUCCCUGCCUACCAGGAGAUGGGCUCAGACAGUCUUGUGGCAACAGACAGCGAGUCCCAGUUCAGCUCCCAUGGCUCCAUGUGGCUCUCUGACUCUGGCUCUGCAGAGGACGUGGAAGAAUACGAGAUCCGAGAUGCAGACAUCAAGAGGAACCCAGACUCCAGCAGGAAGUCCUUUCUCUCCUCGGAGUCCAUAUCCCACUCCUUUCUCAAUUCCAACUCAGCAGAGGCUGUGGCCAUGGGCUUGCUGAAGCAGUUUGAGGGCAUGCAGCUCCCAGCUGCCUCUGAAUUGGAGUGGCUGGUCCCUGAGCACGAUGCUCCACAAAAGCUCCUGCCCAUCCCUGACUCUCUGCCCAUCUCUCCUGAUGAUGGAGAACAUGCUGACAUCUACAAGCUGAGGAUUCGAGUGCGUGGAAAUCUGGAGUGGGCCCCACCGCGACCGCAGAUCAUCUUCAACGUUCAUCCAGCCCCAACGAGGAAGGUGGCCGUGGCCAAGCAGAAUUACCGAUGUGCAGGCUGUGGCAUCCGAACUGAUCCUGAUUACAUCAAGCGGCUGCGAUACUGUGAGUACCUGGGGAAGUAUUUCUGCCAGUGCUGCCAUGAGAACACCCAGAUGGUCAUUCCCAGCCGCAUCCUGCGCAAGUGGGACUUCAGCAAGUACUGCGUGAGCAACUUCUCCAAAGACCUGCUGAGCAAGAUCUGGAGUGACCCCCUCUUCAACGUGCAGGAUAUUAAUCCUGCCCUCUACCGGAAAGUGAAGUCUCUCAACCAAGUGUGGCUGCUGCGGAUCCAGCUUUUCCACAUGAAGAACAUGUUUAAGACGUGCCGGCUAGCUAAAGACCUCCUAGACUCCUUCGAUGCAGUGCCUGGCCACUUGACAGAAGAUUUGCACCUCUACUCACUGAGUGACCUCAGUGCCACAAAGAAGGGGGACCUGGUGCCUCGCCUGACAGAGCUCCUGAAGGCAGGCAGCCUGCAUGUUGAGAAGUGCAUGCUGUGCCAAGCCAAAGGCUUCAUCUGCGAGUUCUGCCAGAAUGAGAGCGACAUCAUCUUCCCCUUUGAGCUCAACAAGUGCAAGACAUGCGAAGAGUGCAAAGCCUGCUACCACAAAUCCUGCUUCAGAUCCAGCCACUGUCCCCGCUGUGAGCGGCUGCAGGCCCGGAGGGAGCUGCUGGCCAAGCAGAGCAUGGAGUCCUAUGUCUCAGACUAUGAAGAUGAGCUGGAGCAGCCAGAGGUGGUGGCAGCCACAUGAGCAUGUUGCAGCAGAGGA